CAUCAGCCUCCGCUUUUCGGCUCCAUUUCCCGUUUCCCCUGCUUCUUUGUCAAUUCAUCUACCUCUCCUGUUUCCCUUUCCUCUUUCCUCUCCCGAUCCCAGUCCUCGUCUCCAACCUCUCUUCCAUUACUCUUAUGGAGUUGAAGCUCUCGAAUGGCUCCUCCUUUUCUUCAUAUCCAAUUGAGGGCAAGCUCUUUAAGCCCUCGAUCCCGCGUCUCUUCGGCGUCCCAAUACGUAGAACCAUGGGAAGAUCGAACAUUGGUUAUCUUGUAUCAUCCUCCCCGGGGUUGAAGCUCCAUGCAAUCCAAAGCUCCGAGAAGCCCGUCAGGAUGGAGAAGGAAAGAGUGGAUCAAAGUGAAAUAUUAACCCUUGAUGGAAUAAGACACUCAUUGAUUCGCCAAGAAGAUACAAUUAUAUUUAGCCUUUUAGAGAGAGCGCAAUUUUGCUAUAAUGCUGAUACAUACGAUGACAAUGUGUUCCACAUGGAUGGUUUUAAUGGCUCGUUGGUCGAGUUUAUGGUUAGGGAGACAGAAAAGCUCCACGCACAGGUUGGCAGAUACAAGAGCCCAGAUGAGCAUCCUUUCUUCCCAGAAGCUCUGCCCGAGCCUAUGUUGCCACCAAUUCAGUAUCCAAGGGUACUGCAUCCAGUUGCUGAUACCAUCAACAUAAAUAAGAAGCUAUGGGACAUGUACUUCAGUAAAUUACUUCCAAAAUUGGUUAAGAAAGGAAAUGAUGGCAACUGUGGAUCUAGUGCUGUUUGUGACACCAUGUGUUUGCAGGCUCUGUCAAAGAGAAUCCACUACGGCAAGUUUGUGGCUGAGGCCAAGUUCCAAGAGGCACCUGAUGUCUUUGAACCUGCAAUAAAAGCACAAGAUGGGGAUCAGCUGAUGCGUUUGCUGACAUAUGAAUCAGUCGAAACAGCAAUCAAAAAGAGAGUCGAAGUAAAGGCUAGAAUCUUUGGGCAGGAGAUCACUGUUGGCGAGAAAAAUGCCACACCAGUAUAUAAAAUAAAACCCAGUUUAGUUGCCGAGCUCUAUGACUACUGGAUUAUGCCUCUGACUAAGAAAGUUCAAGUGGAGUACUUGCUAAGGAGGCUGGACUAAAUGUGUGCUCUUGUAAGUUACCAGCAUCUGUAGUUAAUUUGAUAUAAAGAAAGAAAGCAGUUCAUGUUUUAUGUUGCUUGUAAAGGCCUCAUUAAUCAGAUUGUGAUUUUGAUACGUGUAGAUGAUGUUGUGGCUUAUUUUCUAUAGAGCUGAAACUAGGCUCGUGGAAAUUAGAUUCCAGCCUAUUGA